AUGGCCAAUAAUUUAUCAGACCAAAAUGAAACAUUGUUCCCCUGCAGUUACGAUCCAUCGCUUCUUCUUCAAGUACCACCCUAUCUCUACUACACCUACAUUGUCACAGCAGCUUUCAACGCGGUCUUUUCACUAACAGCUUCCAUAGGAAACGCUCUCGUUUUAACAGCCCUUGUAAAAACCCGAGCUCUCCACUCGCCGUCUAAAGCACUCCUUCGAAGUUUGGCUUUAUCCGAUCUUUUUGUCGGUUUAUUUGUUCAACCCGUAUACAUUGCAUAUUGCCUCUCUGGUGUAGUAGGAAACUCGUGGAUUCGAUGUACUUCCUGGAUUGUCUACCCUCUUCUAAGUGAUUACUUCGUAGCAGUCUCGUUUUUCACGAUGAUCACAAUUAGCAUUGACAGGUUUCUGGCUUUACACCUUCGUGCCCGCUAUCGUUCAGUCGUCACAAUAAAAAAGGCAAACAUCACCGUGUUGUCUCUGUGGAUAACCAGCUUAAUCUUCCCAAUUGCACGCUUACUGGCAGGAAAGAUCACAAUAGUUCUUUCUGUUUCAUCGUUCUCACUUUUUAUAGUGGUACCAACUUUUACGCACUUGAAAAUUCAACGCAUGCUUCGCCGACAAGAAAGGCAGGUUUUCAACCAGUUCAACCAGUUUUAUCUACACAGAGAGGAAAGCUACCUGUCUAUUAAUAAGUACAAGAAGUCCGUUGCUGCAAUGCGCUAUGUUUAUGUCGUUCUUAUGUUGUGUUAUAUACCCAUAACCUGUGUGGCCAUUCUGUAUGUCAAGAAUGACUCAUCCCCACUGAUUCUACUGUCUUUGGGUAAUUUUGCGUUCACAUUACUUUUCGUGAACUCUUCGUUAAACCCGAUUUUGUAUUGUUGGCAAAUCAGGCAGGUUCGUGCAGCGAUGUGGAUGCUUAUUAAUAACUUAAAUCCUUGUUGUUAA